AGCAUAAAGAGAGAGCAAGAACAGCUUACAGUUAAAAACUUGUGCCUAUUUUUCUGCUGGAAACUUUGAAAAAAUUCAUACCUUGUGUUCAGGAUGGCCGCCAGUGUUGUAUCUGUUGAGCAUGCAAGAAAUGGCUUCACCAUUGUGACCCAUGUGGUACCAGGAGGAACAGAGCAAUAUGGCCCUGGGACUGGAGCCGGAGUCUACACUGGAGGCCCACUUAAAAAACUUCUGAAUAGAGAGCCGAAGGCACUGGGGACUGUCCAGAUAAUGAUCGGGAUCAUGACGCUCUUGUUUGGAAUUGUGUCAGUCAUUUACUUUGAAUCAGUGUCCGUCUUCAGUGGUGUCACCUUUUGGGGAUCAUGUAGUUAUAUCGCCUCUGGUGCUCUGUGUAUAGUUUCAAUCAACCAAACUCAUCCCUGUGUGGUGAAAGGCUCCCUGGUGAUGAAUGUGUUCAGUGCUGUAUCUGCAGGAGUAGCCAUGAUUCUGCUGUCUUUUGACUUAUCUGGUCCUCUGGAUUUCCCCAGAUGUUACAAUGAUAAUCCAUAUCGAGAAGGGAAUCUGUGUGCCGUUUCCGCCAUGUUUUUGGGCGUGUCGCGUGGAGUCAGUGGAGUGCUGCUGGUGUUCUCUGUGCUUGAGUUCUUCAUCUCCAUCUGCACUUCUGCAUUCAUCUGCAAGGCCAGCUGCUGCACUGAUAUUAUGAUUUUAUACAGGUUUGUAUUCAGGAUGGCCUCCAGUUUUGUACCUGUUGAGAACACAAGAAAUGGCUUCACCAUUGUGACCCAAGUGGUUCCAGCUGGAAUGGAUCAGUAUGGCCCUGGGACUGGAGUCUUCACUCUAAGCCCAGUUAAAAAACUUCUGAAAGGAGAGCCGAAGGCACUGGGGACUGUUCAGAUAAUGAUCGGGAUCAUGACGUUCUUAUUUGGCAUUGUUAAAACGGUCCACCUUCCAAGCCUGAGUAUCAUCAGUGGUGUCACCUACUGGGGAUCGUGUCUUUAUAUCACCUCAGGUUCUUUAUCUGUUGCUGCAGGCAACAAAGCUGAUACCUGUGUGGUGAUAGGCUCCCUGGUGAUGAACAUAAUCAGCGCUGUGGCUGCAGGAGUAGCCAUCAUUCUGCUCUCUAUUGACAUUUCCAUACGGCUAUUUCAUCCAUAUUAUUACAGCUGUUUAUAUGAAUAUUCUUCUAGAGACAGUGAGAUAUGUAAAGUUAUCACCUGGGUGUGGGGCCAGUCGAAAGGAAUCAGUGGAGUGCUGCUGGUGUUCUCUCUGCUCGAGUUCAUCAUCUCCAUCUGCACUUCUGCGUUCGCCUACAAAGCCACCUGCUGCGCUGAAUCUCCGGCCCAGGCCAUGAUUUACCUCAACAAUCCUGAAUCAAACAAUCUAGCUGAAAAUGUUUAAAAUUGUAAAGAAAAUUUCAAAUUCAUUCUCUAAAUGAAUUCCUCUUAUGUUGUAAAUUUAUAUCUGUUAAGUUCUGAAGCUAUAUUGGUUAAAUCCUAUUU